AUGUCGGCACUCGGAGUCCCAGAUUCGUCUCACCUACCGGAAUGGGUUCGAGACCACGCUGAGUUCUACGUCAACUUGAAUCCCAAGAAGGCACGUAAUGCGGAAUCGUUCUGUGACUUCGAGGCGUUUGAUGGUCAACCAAAGCCUCUAGCCCACAAAAGAGCCAUUAGGGAGAAGAUCGCCUGGAAGUUCGAAAUGAAAGAGCCCUACUCUGGGUACGAAGUGGAAGUAGCCAAAGUCUUCAACAAGCAUUACACGGCAUGUGCGAUUGGAGGCAGAGAACCUGUCACAUCGUUCGAAGGACGCUGGACAGUCGAAGUAAAGCACCGUCAGUGGUCCAGCUUGCUCUCGGAGAACCAUGAACUUCGCGCUGGGAAAGGAGCGGAAUGGAAGGCAGACAUCCAGAGUUGGUUCCCGGUUGAUUCCAAUGACACAAACGAGAAGCUCAAGGGUCAUGUCGAGCUUUUGUAUGCGCUGCAGCGCGUGCAGGAUAUCGUUCUAGGCAAGAGCCAAUGA